CUUGAGUCCACGUCAUAUGGCUUCAAAUAAUCGUAAGCGUCACCUUGCAUGUGAAGCUCAACGGUGACCAGAAAACAUGGAUAUCAGAGGUACGGUCCCUAUGUAAAACAUCCCCUCGCCAUCUCACCUCUCUACUGAUUCAAAAUUCACGUAUGACCUUCAACGACACAGAAUAGGAAAGUUAACUACAACUGCGAUCGUUGAGCUACAUGUAUGGGACGCGGGAGACGCGGUCCGACAGAUAACCUUGUUUACCUGGGCCUACCUGCUAACACAGAAUCCUUAGAAUAAUGGGAAGAGAACAAUCUGAAAACAUACAGCUCACUUUGAAAUUACAUGGCCUUAGCAACAUAGUGCGUGUGCUGAAGGACGAGUAUGCUGCAGCUAAAGGGGUGUUCUUCUUGGCAAGAUAUGGCAUGCUGAAGGAUAUGCUCAGGACAGCUGUAACACGCAUCAAUGAGUAUGACCCUGACAAAAAUACCUUUGGCGACAAUGUAAGAGCUCUGGCAGUCAAGGAAGAGAAAACCCGCGUGUUAUCGAAUAUGUCGAAACAAGAUAUAAUAGAAGACAGUGAGAAGAUCCGGGAUCAGAUCAACCUAAUCCAGCAUCUGGACGAGAACUAUCGGGGGGCCAAGAGGAUGCUGCCCCCAAGGAAAUAUGGGGAGAUGAAAAGAAUAGCCAAGCGGGUGAUACAGCAGCUGUAGCUCGUGGUACCACAGGGACAUGUAAUCUUGCCAUAUUUAUUUGAAAAAACCCAUUGUGUCACAGAUGAUGUGACGUGUAUUUUGCGUGGCAUAUAGUCUACCAUCAACUAAAUAACAAUUCAUGUAAACAUUUGAACAUGACUACUCCCUUAACAGAUGUUCAUCAUAUGUUUGUGUAUCCUAAUGAACAAUAAUUAGGUCAUUAUGACAAUGAUUGUCAUCA